GACGUUUCUGGGAAACACGACCCAGUUACACGAAAACAGGUUGACUUCAUGGACUCUCCUACACUCAGUUAUGAUAAUCCUUCUCCUUUAUAGUUUACUUCAUGGAAACUUUUCAGCACUUGAGAGCACUACAUGGAUGUGUGAUAUUUCUGCUCAUCGCAACAAUCAACAAAGGGUCAACAUGUGAGCCUCCCUCCAUGCCUCUGUGUUUCCGACAAAACGAGGGAGAGACUGUUUACAUCUGUGAAUGGGACUUCAGCCCAAAUGGAACUAAUGUGACAUUUGAUCUUUACUUUAAUGACACUUCUGAUAUUAUAACAACUCCAUUUAAGAACAUUAAGGAAAACCGUAAGGAGAUAAAUGAGGAAAUACUGAUAGUUGGUGAUAAAGUUGAUAUCUGGGUGGAGGCUCAUGCUGGAGACUCCGUCUGCACCUCACCUAUAAGGUCUGGGAUACUGAGACACACAGUUAAAUAUGAAACACCACAAAAUAUAUCUAUUUCCUGGUUGAGAAACAACCUCAGCUUAAGUUGGCAAUCUAAAUAUCCAUCUUUAGCUGAGGUCUCGUUCAGGAAAUAUGAGCCCCUGUCAGAAACAUGGGAAAAAAGAAUAUUAAAUACCACCAGGGAGGCUUCAACGCAAAAGCUCAUCAUUGUAAAUCUCCUGAAGAAUGCAUCUUACCAGGUUCGGAUCAGAGUGCAGUCCAUCCAGGCUGAAAACCCCCUGUGGAGCAACUGGUCGCCAGAUUUUUUAGUUCCUGCAGAACUUGAACAUCCUCCUGAAGUAGAAAAGACAACACCAACGCUGUUAAAUGGCACUCGACGGGUGACAGUGACUUGGAAGCCGAUGCACCCCGCAGCAGCAGUCGGAGGUGUGACAUACAGUGUACAUGUCACACAGUAUUCCCCAAGAUGCCCCUGUAAGAAGAAGAGUCAUGAAACCAGAGCACACAGCCACGUUGUUUAUGUUUCCUACUCAGCUGUCAACAUCACUGUUAUUGCAAGGAAUGCGGCAGGACAUUCUCCCCCGGCAACCAUCCACAUACCAGCUGCUUCGUCAGCAGAUUUAAAAUCAUGCAACCAAACAUUGCUGGAUGAGAAGUUUAAGAAAGGAACAUGCCUUGAGUUUUAUGAGCUUCAAGAUGCAGAUUUGAUACCAGAAAGAGCCUGGUGUUUAACUAGCACACACCGAAAAAAGGAAAGAAAGAAAAUAAAAACAAACAUGAUGGACUACACACGCUACCUUUACUUUGAGCACAGAUGUCAUAAUGGCAAACCACAGACAGUUCAAAUGUGCUUCUACUAUAAGAAAGAGGGCGUGCCAAGCAAAGAACCACAAGACUUCAUGAUUGCUUCUGACAUGCAAGACUCUGCUGAUCAGUCCUGGAAAGAGAUUCCCUAUGAGCAUCUUCAUGGCAUCUUGACACACUACAAAUUAUGCACUGUUAAAAUGAACGAGCCCCAAGAGUGCGUCAACAUAUCAGCAUCAGCAACAAAACACCAUCUAAAAGAUUUAACCCCGGGAACCAAAUACAACGUCAGCCUGGCAGGAGUGACACAAGCAGGAGUGGGGCCUGUUGCUAUGCAGAGUUUUACCACCCUACCAGAGAAGCCAUUUAAUGUGUGGAUAAGUUUUGGAUUGCUCUUUGGGUUUUUCCUCUUCACAAUAGCUUGCACCACUAUCUUGAAAAGAAUAAAAAAUAAGGUCUUCCCUCCUGUGCCAAAACCUGUGAUACCAGAGUUCAGUCCCUGUCAACCAGAGAAUCAGGAGAUAUGGGAGAGAAAAGAGGAAGUAGAUAACCUCUCGCUGCACCCGAUCGACCCGGAGACGAGUCCCGUUUCAAAGCAGGCGACGGUCCUGGAGGAUGAAUGGGAUGAUGGAGCAGAGCAGAAGGAGGAGGCAGAGGAGGGUUGCUCAGGAGGAUCUGAUGAUGAGCGGACCAGUCUAACCUCAGCUGAUGAGACUGUGAGGACAGCAGAGCUGAAGGACAUGGAACAGGUGGAAUCUGAGCUGGCCAUGCUGAUCUACAGGAAUGGUUUGGUGUUUGAUGUCAAAUCAGAAUCACUUUAACUGGUUUCACCAUAACGGCACGCUGUGCAAAGCAUUGACCCUGGUUGCUGACAAAUGUUUACUUUUAUGAAUUAAACUGUUUAUGCAAAUGUUCUUUUUUUUUUUUAUUUAAAAACAUUUAUAUUUCUUUUUUUUUCUUUGCAUGUACUUUCUUUAAGUCAUUUAUGUUAAACUAACUAUGAAAUCUUUAAGGAACCAAAUACUGUACAGAAUUAAGUACUGCUUCUUCUUUUCCAAUAUCAAUGGAUAUUUUUAGCUUUUUAAAAGACUGAACGUUUUGCUUGUUUGCCAUAUAAGUUAUCGCUUAUGUUUAUUAUCCUGAUACUGGCAAAUACAAAUGUAAUGUAUCUUCUUUUUACAUUGCCAAAUGUUUAUGCAGUUUUUUUCCUUUACUUCUAGAGAUCAUACCAUUACAUUUCACACAGCCUCCAGAUGCAUCCGUGCAAAAACUCUAGAAAUGUAAUUUCAUCUGCUCUUAAACACUACAGUCCCUUUCACACAUAUUUUGAUAUCCAACAGCAAUGUGCAACAAGACUUUGAGUCUAAUGGUUAAGAGUGUAGCUUUUUGAAGGUCUUUUUAAAAUUACGCACAGCAGAUCAAAGCUAAAAAGACACCUGACUGCUCAGAAAUCCAAAAUGCGAACAGCGGCAUGUUUCAGAGUAGCUACAUGACAGGAAGUGGCCACACCAAAAGAAAAAAAAUACUUGACCUUAAAAAAAGGAGGUUAAAAAAUACAGAUUAGUCAUAACAAGAGGCAGAGCUUUUGAUCCGUGUUGUUCAGACUACAAUAUGUCCUGUCAUUUACACAGAAACAACCACUGACACACUUGCACUGACACGCAUGCAAAUGAAUGAAAAACACAUCUUUGAAAUGGUUUCUCUGAUUGUUUGGUUUAAGACUGAAAUCAGCUGGGGUCAUUUUCUACUGUAAGUCAAUUAUCUGCAGGGUUUAUCGUUCACCACAUCAAGAUAAAGACUUUUAGGUCUUGACCACAGGGAGGACGUGGGUAUAUGAUAAACUGUGUGGUUAAUGUUGUGUACAUGGUGCUAUGUCUGCAUGUGUUUGCUGGUACAAUUACAAUUAAAGUUUCAGUAAUUUCAAA